AUGGUACAAAUAAAGAACUUGGCACAGUCGCUGUACCCGUGCUCUGCGCAGAAGCUGGAUCAAGACAUGAAGUUGCACUUUUUGAAGAAUGUAACUGUGACUUGCAAUGACGGGUCAGCAGCAGGGUACUACAUCAAGGAGUCUAAAGGCAGCAAGAGGUGGCUGCUGUUCUUAGAAGGUGGAUGGUACUGUUUCAACAAGCAGACCUGUGACAGCAGGUAUGAGAUGAUGAGGAGACUGAUGAGCUCCACCAAGUGGCCACAAACCAGAACCGGAACAGGAAUCCUGUCGCCUCAGCCAGAGGAAAACCCUCACUGGUGGAACGCCAACAUUGUCUUCAUCCCGUAUUGCUCCAGCGAUGUGUGGAGCGGAGCCACACCAAAGACAGAUCGCAGUGAUUAUGCGUUCAUGGGCUCUCUGAUCAUUAAGGAGGUGGUGAACGAGCUGCUGACAAAAAGUCUGGACAACGCUAAGGUUCUGCUUCUGGCGGGUAGCAGUGCGGGCGGUAUAGGUGUCCUGAUGAACGUGGACCAAGUUGCAGAGCAGCUGGACUCGCAGGGUCACCGAGGGGUGCAGGUCAGGGGCCUGGCUGACUCCGGAUGGUUCCUUGACAACCAACAGUACAAAUUCCCAGACUGCCUGGACAUCACCAGCUGUGGCCCCAGUGAGGUCAUGAAGAGAGGCAUCAGGUACUGGGGCAGUUUGGUGCCAGAGAACUGCAGACAGGCUCAUCUUGGAGAGGAGUGGAAGUGUUUCUUUGGAUAUAUAGUCUUCCCCACGUUAAAAAGCCCGGUGUUCGUGAUGCAGUGGCAGUACGACGAGGCCCAGCUGACGGUCGACAACAUCCACCUGACGGGGCAGCCCGUCAACGAGGGCCAGUGGAGAUACAUACAGAACCUGGGACAGGAACUGAGGAGCACGCUACGCGACGUCCCGGCGAUGUUUUCUCCGGCCUGUCUGUCACAUGAACUCAUUACUAGAACCGACUGGAUGGACAUUCAGGUGAAGGGCACCUCUCUGCCCAGAGCCCUCCACUGCUGGGACCGAAGCCUCCAAGACCAGAUCCACAUCAACGGCAGCAAUCGCAACCACCACAAGCACAGGACGCCACCUACAAGCGGUUGCCCAUUACAUUUGAUUGACAGCUGCCCGUGGCCUCAAUGCAAUCCCUCCUGCCCGACUAUUCGAGACCAGCUGACGGGACAGGAGAUGAGCACCAUUCAGUUCCUGAAGCACAUGGGCUUCGACGUGCAGAAGAUGGCCCAGCAGCAGGGGAUGGACCCCAAGAAGCUACUGGGCAUGCUCAAUAACGGGAGCUGAGUUGCUUUUUCUUUAAAGCGCAGAAAGGUUAGCGUAGCAUCAGUAAGGAACAUCAAUGGAAGACAUCAGGAGCAUGACAAAUAAACUCUAUAGAGAA